GUGCUGAUUGGCUUGUGAAAGCUGACCAUCGAUGCACGCAUCCCGCACAUGCGUUCUGGGACAGCUUCGCGGGCACUACGAAACACAAAUUCACGUCCGACAACCUUCUCCUCUCUUCGCUCACUCCAAUAGUCCUUUAUUACUCCCUCAUUCUCCAGACCAACAUAUUCAUCCAGGAGCCUUUCUCUCUCUUUCUCUGUCUCGCACACGCAAUCAUGUCCGAGAAGAUCGAGAAAGCCAUUCACAACCUGAUGGACUCGCUCCCAGGGAUGUCCAAAGAAGCGCCUCCGAAGCAGCCUUCGGAGCAAGCGUUGAAAGAGCUGCGUGAGAGCUACGAAAAGGCAGGCCAGGGUCAGGUAUUCGCCUUCUACGAAGAGCUCGACGCCGCUGGCAAAGCCGCUCUUUACGAGCAAGCGAAGGAGUUCAAGCCAGAGGAAAUUACCAAGCUCGCGGACAAGGUGUUGCAUCCGCCCAAGGCAGAGUCGGAAGAUGCUAAGCCUAAGCUCGAGCCGCUCCCUUCCUCUGCGACUUCCUCGGUGCUCGACUCGGACGAGGCAGAUCUUCGAAAGUGGUACGAGGCUGGGCUCGACCUCGUCGCCGAGGGCAAAGUAGCCGUCGUGCUGAUGGCCGGCGGGCAAGGCACGAGGCUGGGCAGUUCCGCGCCGAAGGGCUGCUACGACAUUGGGCUGCCGAGCCACAAGUCGCUAUUUCAGCUGCAGGCGGAACGCAUCUGGAAGGUACAGAAGUUGGCUGCAAAGAAGCACGGAAAAGAGGCCGUGGUCGUCCCUUGGUACGUGAUGACGAGCGGUCCGACACGCAAGCCGACGGAGGAGUUCUUCAAGAAGCACAACUACUUUGGGCUGGACCAGCAGAAUGUGUUCAUCUUCGAGCAGGGCGUGCUGCCCUGCAUCUCGAACGAAGGCAAGAUCAUGCUCGAGAGCAAGUCCAAAAUUGCGGUUGCACCUGACGGCAACGGUGGCAUCUACCAGGGCCUCGUCAAGAGCGGUGCCGUGUUCGACAUGCAAAAGCGCGGUGUGCAGCACGUCCACGCGUACUGUGUGGACAACUGCCUCGUCCGCGUUGCAGACCCGACUUUCAUCGGCUUCAGCGCUUCAAAGGACGUCGACAUCGCGACGAAAGUGGUCCGCAAGCGCAACGCAAAGGAGCCCGUCGGUCUGAUUCUGCAGAAGAACGGCCGGCCAGACGUGGUCGAGUACUCCGAGAUCGACACGGAGACGGCGGAGGCGAAAGACGCGAACAAUCCGGACCUGCUCAAGUUCCGCGCAGCCAACAUCGUCAACCACUAUUACUCGUACCGCUUCCUCGAGUCCAUUCCGACGUGGGCACACAAGCUGCCGCACCACGUUGCCAAGAAGAAGAUCCCCUGCAUCAACACCGAGACGGGCGAGAGCAUCAAGCCUGAGAAGCCUAACGGCAUCAAAAUGGAACAGUUUGUGUUCGACUGCUUCCCUCUCUUGGAGAUGAACAAGUUCGCAUGCAUGGAGGUGAAGCGCGAGGAUGAGUUCUCGCCGCUCAAGAACGCAAAGGGCACGGGCGAAGAUGAUCCAGACACGAGCAAGGAGCACAUCAUGGCGCAGGGCCGACGGUGGGUCACGGCGGCCGGUGCUGUGGUCGAGGACGAGGGCGACGGCGCUGGCGUUGAGGUUUCGCCAUUGAUCAGCUACGGUGGCGAAGGUCUCGACUUCCUCAAGGGCAGGACAGUCAAGGCACCUGCCGUGAUCGAGAAGGAAGAGUAAUAUCUGUCCUUCCCAAAACGGGAAAUCCAUAUGUCAAUUAGCAAGCGAAAUCCUCCUCGUCAAAACCCGCCCUUACGUUUCCACGUCUUUGAUCGCUAGAGUUGAAAGUGGCCUGGUAUGUAGCUAAAUAGACCUUUCUUCCUUCGAAUCAAGUCGCAUGGCCUUUAUCCCUGUCGUUGCAAUACAUUCGAGACUGCCGCCAACUUUCACUUCGCCGGGCCGUCCUCGCCGUGACGGCGAUGAAGCCACGCUUUUAACGAAGCCAAGGCUUGACUAUGUCACGUCUCGGGGGAAAGGGGCAUUUUCGUACAUAGUUAUUCAACACACAUCUCCUUUCCAGUCGUGCACAGCCAUGGCUGAGGAAUAUUACGAUGCAGUUCUGUUCCUGCGCUCGUUGAACAAUAGGGCAGGCGAUGGUUGAAUAAUGUACAGAGGCAGGUGACGAAGGUGUCGUGUACCAGGGAUAAUUGUUUUUGGCAGCAGCAUACAAGAGCACACACGGCAAGCAGCAGUACUAGCAGACCAAGCCUUCUGUGUGGCACGGAGGCGGUAUGAAGUGGACAACUUUGCGAGCAUGAUUCACAUUGGCCUGACUACUGGAAGUGAUUGUCCCGACAUGGCUGGACAAAUCCCCUCGUGUCACAAGCGUCGCUGGCACUGCUCUCGGGCCUCGUUUUGCCGCUCCCUUUCGUCGUGCUUCGGCCAUUUCAUGAUGACGGCCCAAAAGCAUUACGAGCAUGAGCCCAACACGGAAAGGAGACUGAGGGUGGUGUAAGGAAAAGGAAGGAGGCACCAGGAUUCACGGUAUGUUACGCCUAAAUCUCUCCCGCCAACAGCCAAAAUAAGAGAAGAUGAAGGCACGACGAAUAGAGAACGGUUCGAAUUGCAUUUGUUAGCAAAGAGGAAGGGGGUUUGGCUGGCGUGGUUUGACGGAGAGCAUGAAUGACGAAGGGACGCCCGACGGAGGGAUUUACCAGGGUUGUCUGUCUUUGGUUGGAGAGUUGAUCGACGACGACUUUUAUAACCGGACGCAGGCUUGACUUUGGACGUUCUCGCCACGGACGUUCAAAAGACCGGUUCGACGACGUGGAAAGCCCCAAUUGAUCUGUGGCGAAAGGCGAUGGGCGGCGCGGUUCUACGUGUACGUACGGAGCGCGCAUACUGAUGCAUGCUGCGUAGCG